CCCAAUUUAAAUUGACUUUAUUUAGAUUUUACGAAUGAUUUUGAGUCGCAAAAUAAUGGGAUAUUGGCUGUAUUUAAUGGGCGGGGGUGUAUUAUAAUUAACAGUAUUGGAGCUCGAUUGUAAUUCCUUGUCGAGCGGGAACCGGAAGUAGAAACUACCAGACUGUGGAGCUGAUAUCCUGCUGCCAUGGACUGGGACCAGAAUGAGUUGCUGUCGCCUAUUGUACGAGAUGCCGAAGUGACCAGAGCAGCACGCCGAAAGAGUUCAGUUCAGAAGAAGGCUCAAUUCAACUUCCUUUCUCCUCGUGAUGACAACCAAGGUAGUACCACCACACCUGCCCGUUCCCUGCCCUGCCACACACCUGGAUCCCUCUUCAAACAGUCCUUCACCCCGAAGAGUGCUGCUAGGAACCCAGAUGUGUCGGCCAUCUUGGCGACAGGGCGCAGGACUCCUCGUUUCAUCCAUACGCCACGACCUCCCCUGGGCAGUAUGAGCAUGAACCUGGAUGACAGUGACUGGACCAACAGCCUGUACCCGUCUCCUCUGUCCGGCCUGGGACUGGGGGACACCAGCUUUACUGACGACAUCAACAUGUCCUCUGUAAUGCUGAAGGAGGAGGAUCCUGGAGAGGCUGCGUCAGUCAGUCUGUUCCCAGAGUUCCUCCAGUCCUAUCUCAGACACUCCUCCACUGCAGUCUUUGACCUGCUGGGGGAGUAUGAAGCCAUCUGUCAAGACAAGGUGGGCAUGCUCCAGAGGCUGGUAUCGAGGGCAGCUCCAGGGCAACAGAAGUCCUCUAAGACUGCUGGUAUGAGAUGGCUUUUACAGCAGGAGAUGGUCACCUGGCGCCUCAUUACUUCUCUAUACAGAGACAGGAUCCAGUCAGAGCUGGAGGAUGACAUCAUGAUGGAUGUGGCUGCUCCCGGUGUUAGUGAGAAGGUGGUGAUGGAACAACUUUUCCAGAGAGAUGCUGUAGUACGCCAGAGUCAGUUGGUUGUGGAUUGGUUAGAGAGUAUCGCCAAAGAUGAAAUCGGGGACUUCUCCGACAACAUUGAAUACUACGCCAAGUCUGUCUACUGGGAGAAUACCCUUCAUGCUCUGAAACUGAGAAGAAACACCUCCAGCACAGGCUUCAAUGUUCCCCUGGUUACUGAGCUGGACCCUGACGCCCCCAUCAGACAGAGACGUCCCCUGGCAGACCUGGACAGAGAGGAUGAUGCCAGACUGCUGAAGUACCUCUUCACCCUCCUCAGAGCGGGCAUGACUGACGAGGCCCAGAGGCUGUGUAAGCGCUGUGGCCAGGCAUGGAGAGCUGCUACUCUGGAGGGAUGGAAGCUGUACCACGACCCCAACAUCAACGGAGGAGGUGCAGAGCUGCUACCGGUGGAGGGGAACCCUCAGCGCUGUGUGUGGAAGGUCUGCUGCUGGAGGAUGGCUGAUAGUGAACACUUCAGCAGAUAUGAGAGAGCCAUCUACGCUGUUCUGAGUGGGAACCUCAAACGGCUACUCCCAGUGUGUGAGUCGUGGGAGGACAGUGUGUGGGCCUACUUCAGGGUCCUGGUAGACUCUCUGGUGGAACAGGAGGUCCGGUCCUCAGGGAUGGGCAGCGAGGAGCUGGAGGAGCUGCCACGAGAAUACCUGGAGGCCAACUGGACACUGGAGAAGGUGUUUGAGGAGCUGCUGGCAACAGAGUCAAAGAAAGUCCUGGAAGAGACGAAAGAACACUACCACAUAAUCCAGAAGUUAGUUAUCCUGGGUGACCUGGACGGUCUGUUGGAAGAGUUCAGUAACUGGUUGACCAGGAGUCCUGCUCUGCCCUCUCACCUGCUGCGCUUCAUGACACACCUGGUGUUGUUCUACCGUAGUCUGGGCAUGCAGCUCAAGGAGGAGGUAUCAGUGGAUGUCCUGAAGGCCUACAUCUCUCUGUUGAUGAGGGAGAAGUACGUUGAUCUGAUAGCCUUCUAUGUCAGUCACCUGCCGCCAGACCUGGCCACCGCCCAGUACGCUCUCUUCCUGGAGGAGGUCACCGAGGCUGAGCAGAGACAACGCUGUCUGGAGCUGGCCAGGGAGGCAGGUCUGGAUGUGGCAGCGGUCACUAAGAUGGUGGUGGAGAACAUCAGAGAGAGAGACACUGAGGAGUUCGCUCAUCAUGACCUCACCCCUGCACUGGACACUGGCACCUCAGCGGAGGACCAGAGGAAGAUCGAUGUGAUUGAUUGGCUGGUGUUUGACCCCGCCCAGAGAGCUGAGGCCCUCAAACAGAGCAACGCCAUCAUGAGGAAGUUCCUGGCCUGUAAGAAACACCAUGCAGCUAAGGUGGUGUUCGGUAAGGUCCCCGAGGACUCCAUGAGGGAGAUCUACCGCCAGUGGGAGGAGCUAGGCCUGGACAUGCCCCUUCCCGCGGAGGAUGAGAACGCCAUCAGGGAACACCUGUGCGUCCGCGCUUACCUGGAAGCUCAUGAGGCGUUUAAUGAGUGGUUCCAUCACAUGAACUCCCCACCUCAGAAGCCCAGCCUGCCGGCUCAGGCCAAGUUCACUGAGAAGGUGGCCUACGAGAUGAAGGAGAACGAGUACCAGCUGGAACAUGACAGCUGGACCGGCCGUCUGGAGGCUCUGACUGAAGACGUGAAGGAGAGGAUCUACAACGUCCUGCUGUUUGUGGACGGGGGCUGGAUGGUCGAUGUCAGAGAGGAUACGGAGGAGGACCCAGAGAGAGGCCACCAGAUGGUGCUGCUUCGUAGACUCUGUCUGCCCAUGAUGUCCUUCCUGUUGCAGACAGUACUGCAGAGAACACAACGCCACCAGGAGAGUCUCAGACUGGCUGAUAUCAUCGCCUCAGACCAACACCGCCUCUACGAGGUGUUCUCCAAGGAUGAGCUGAGGAAGUUCCUUCAGAAGAUGAGGGAGUCGUCUCUUCUCUUAUUGGAUAAGGGUCUAGACCCGCUGGGGUACGAGAUCCAACCAUAAAUACACCCCACCCGGACAUUUUGUUUUGGUUUUUUUGUUUGCCAAAUUUAAGUAAUGGAGUGAAUGAUUUUCUGCAUUUUGUAUACAAUAAAAGUGACGUGUCGGAAA